AUGGAUCCCAAUCUCCUCAGCUUUUUCUCGGUGCCCAACAACCAGACACUUAACCCCGUGGAUCAGAGCGCCGAGUCGUCGACCGGCGCCAUCUCUCAGCAGCAGCAGCAACAACAAGAACCCUCGCCAUGGAGACCUUUAGAAGGCGACAUGGUCGACAGGACAUCUGGUCCUCAAGGGGGACCGGUUUCCUCUUACGACCACCAAUCGUCUGCCCCUUCCGACAUCACAUUCACACAAGCCCCCAUGCCAUCACCCUACACCCAACAUAAGACCGUCUUACCUACCAGGGGUCACCCGCGGACUUACCCAAGGAAAAGGGAUGCACACGAUAGAAAGCGUACCAAGGUCGACACAGAGUCGGCGCUCGAGUCGCUCGAUUACUGGAUCCAGUUUGAUGAUGAUGAGGCCGAGAGGACAGGAAGUUAUGAGAUUGACUUUUCUAAGCGAUAUGACAUGAUGAACAACACCAGCACUACCCGCCCGGGGUUUGGAUCAAGCUCCACGACGCCAGGUCUCGGAACUGGCAUCUACGCAACCGCCCCCCCGUUUAAGGGGAACGACUAUUUUGAUGACAACGCUCUAGAUAAUGCACUGUCCGAAGAUGAAGAAGGCUUUGAUUCGAUGAGUCUGGAGGAGCACUUGUCCAAGAUUGAGACGAUGCCGCCACCAGAGGUCCCACCAAGGGAGGGUCUCUACUCGACGCCCCUCAGCUGGGAAAAGCCCGAGCCCGGACUGCGGAUGGAGCCGAACUUUGGUGUGGGAGAAAGCCCUGGGGGCAUGAGUACCGCGGGAUACGGGCAGACGAUGCCCGGAGUUGGCAACCAGGUUUUGAGUAAUGACGAGCAACGGCGACUUCUCGCCAUCGCCAUGAACACUGGUCGGACACCGGCUAGUUUUAUGCCUCCUAGUGGUUUCGGUCUUGGAUUCGGGGCUGGGCUGGGCUCAGGUCUUCCGCCCGAGUUCAACGCGAGCAUCGACUCUAUCCUGGGAACGCCUGGGGAACAGAGCCAGAAGCAGACGCCAACGCCUGCUGACAGCACAAAGGCUCCAUCCCGAAACCAGGAUAUCAAGACAGAGGCAUCGAGUGAGACGGGUACUGCUCUCAGUUCCUCCCGACCGCAACUCCAUCGCUCCAAUACAGAUACCACUGACAAGGGCAAAGAUAAGAUGAAGUCUGGGGAUCGGACAGCUCAUAACGAUAUUGAGCGAAAGUAUCGAACGAACCUCAAAGACAAGAUCGCCGAACUCCGCAACGCUGUACCCGCCCUGCAGUCGAUACCGGAGGAUGGGAUCGACGAGGGCGAGGGAAAUUCACAACGAGCGCCCAAAGUGAGCAAGGGCACCGUCUUGACAAAGGCAACCGAAUAUAUUCAAUACUUAGAACGGCGCAACAAGGCCAUCAUGAAGGAGCACCAAGAGCUGGCACGGCGUCUACAGGCAUUUGAGCAGCUUCUCAGUGCCUCAGCUAGACAGCCAUUCCUGAUGCCCAACCACAGCCGGACGCUCUUCGACCCGAGAGGAUUCUGCUGA